AUGAGUGACAGCAGCCUGACAACAGCCUAUGACAGCAUCCCGACAACUGACCCUCACAGCGCCCUGACAACAGACUCUCACAGCAUACUUACAACAGCCCAUGACAGUAACCUGACAACAGACCGUGACAGUACCCUGGCAACAGCCCGUGACAGUACCCUGACAACAGCCUAUGACAGCAUCCCGACAACAGACCGUGACAUUACCCUGACAACAGCCUAUGACAACAUCCCGACAACAGACUCUCAGAACACACUGACAACAGCCAAUGACAGUACCCUGACAACAGCCCAUGACAGUACCCUGACAACAGCCUAUGACAGCAUCCCGACAACAGACCGUGACAGCACCCUGACAACAGCCUAUGAAAACAUCCCGACAACAGACUCUCAGAACACACUGACAACAGCCCCUUACAGUACCCUGACAAAAGCCCAUGACAGCAUCCCGACAACAGACCGUGACAGUACCCUGACAACAGCCUAUGACAACAUCCCGACAACAGACUCUCAGAACACACUGACAACAGCCCAUUACAGUACCCUGACAACAGCCUAUGACAGCAUCCCGACAACAGACCGUGACAGUACCCUGACAACAGCCUAUGACAGUACCCUGACAAAAUCCUAUGACAGCAUCCCGACAACAGACUCUCAGAACACACUGACAACAGCCAAUGACAGUAUCCUGACAACAGCCUAUGACAGCAUCCCGACAACAGACUCUCAGAACACACUGACAACAGCCCAUUACAGUACCCUGACAACAGCCCAUGACAGCAUCCCGACAACAGACUGUGACAGUACCCUUACAACAGCCUUUGACAGUACCCUAACAACUGCCUAUGACAGCAUCCCGACAACAGACCGUGACAGCAUCCUGACAACUGCCUAUGACAACAUCCCGACAACAGACUCUCAGAACACACUGACAACAGCCCAUGAGAGUACCCUGACAACAGCCCAUGACAGCAUCCCAACAACAUACUCUCACAGCUCCCUGACAACAACCUCUCACAGCAUCAUGACAACAUCCCAUGACAGCACCCUGACAACAGACUCUCACUGCACUAAAACAACGGCCUUUCUCGUUAUGGUAGCAGUAGCCUAUGACAUCACCCUGACAACAUACUCUCACGAACCCUGA